AUGCCAGCUAACACGCAAACUUCCCGCGCAAAGACCCGUGCCUCGCUCCGGUUCAGCACUUACAGUGCCGCCGCGCCGUCCCUGGCCGCGACUGUUGAAACCAACGACUCCGCUACCAACGAAAUCCGCGAUAUUGCGACCGGUCUCGAUCGCAUGGAGAACAAGGCUCUCUCCUCCCAGCGCGUCAUUCUGAGCGAGGAAAAGACGGAUUCUAUGCAGAAGCUCGCCCUCGGUGCCAAGCUGGACCGCGCGCUCGACCGCCGAAUGAGCAGCCAGGAUGCCGUCAUGCGCCCACGAGGCAAGAGCAGCGUCAACAAAACUCUGGAUGAGAAGGCACAAUAG